CUUUUUUUUGUUUGUCUAACAGUUCACACAUUCACUCUGAUGCGUGACUGAUUCGGAUCACAUUAGAUGUGGUUUUUGUUUCUCAGCAGUAAGAUGAAGAUGGAGAGCCCCCACAACCUGCUGUUCCUCCUGUGCAUCCCUCUGAGUUGUGUUUCUAGUGCUCGGUUGAUCCAUGUGUCUGGAUAUGAGGGGAGAGAAGUAAAUGUAUCCUGUCCCUAUGGAGGGGGUUUUGAGUCUUAUGAGAAGUACCUGUGCAAAAAUGAUUGUGGCAGCACUGGUGAUGUUCUAAUUACAACAACACAAGCAAAGAGGAACAGGUACUCCCUCCGUGAGGACAAACAGAGACGAAUCGUCAAGGUGACCAUUUCUGAUCUGAGACGUACGGAUACUGGGACAUACUGGUGUGGGGUGACAAGGGCUUUUAAGGAUGUCUACCCUGCUGAAGUAAAACUGGAGGUAUUGCCAGAAUGGUGCUGUGUGAAAUCAAACAAACUGAGCGGCAUUGUGGGACGUCCAGGAACUAUGCAGUGUCCAUAUCCACUACAACACAGGCAUAACAGGAAGUUCCUCUGUAAGGGAGACCACCGCAACAACUGUACAGACAUGGUGACGAGUCAGAGCAGGUUCACGCUGCAAGAUGACGUUUCUUCCAGUUCUUUCACGGUGCUGAUCACGGAGCUGAGAGCAGGGGAUGCUGGGACAUACUGGUGUGGUUCAGACUCACAGUGGAGUCCUGCUGACUACACACAGAUUCAACUGUCACUAGUCAUUCCACCACUGACCAGCACUGUGACCCCUGACAUCACUGUAGAACCUGUUGGAUCACAAUCAACACAUAUCCCUGACAAACACAUCAAAGAUGUUUCACCUGUUCUCGUAGUGGUUUUUGUUGUACUUGCUGUACUCCUGAUAUUGGCGUUUACCCUGGUCGUAAUUUAUAAAUGCCACCGGAAAGGACAAGAAGUCAGCUUGAGCAGAAAUAUAACAAAGACUGCUGAAGCAGAAGAAACGAUGUAUGAAGUUCAAGGAGAUGUAGCGUGCUCAACCAUGGGCUCCUCCAAGCAACAGAGCAUGUUGUACCAUAACAAGGCAGGUGAAGACCAACAAGAGUCUGUGUAUCAAAAUAUCACCAGGGCAGAGGGUAUCUACUGUAAUCUGUAACAACAGCUCAACAGUGUCUGUAUUGUCUCAGAGAACAGCUGACCCACACAUUCAUGUCUAAUUGUGUUCAUACCUUAAUUGUCUUGAACAGAUUGGCCUUUGUGAUUAAUCUACACCAUGAGAGAUAUUUGGUGCUGUAACUCAUAUUCAUGGCUUUAUUCUGAUUUUGCUCAGGCUCUUUUACUUUCACAUUUAUCAUGAUUUCUAAGUGUUAAUAUAACACUGUCUGUUCAUACAGUCAUUCUGCUGAUGUUUUGGGGUCGACAGGAGUCUAAGCUCAGGACCCACGGUGCUUUGGUAAACUAAAAGGAUGAGAAAUUAAACACUGAAUUAUAUAAUCUAGAAAAAGGGAAGGCAACCUGCAGCUCUGCAGCACCAUGCGGCUCUUUAGACCCUCUCCAGUAGCUCCCUGUGGCUUUGAAUUGAAUUAUCUGGAAAUGAAUAAUGGUUUUUUUUUAACAUCGGGAUUUUCAUUUGUCAUUGUA